CCUCAUCGUUUCCUCUGAGCAGGGCCAGUUUCAUUCUGACUGCAGGCUGGGCUGAAAGAUGCUGCUCUGGUAGCCCGUGCAGCUACCUUGGCCAGUCUCCCAGGAGCCCCAGGAUGGCUCUCUCCCCGGUAGGGAUCCCAUGCCACCUGCAAGACAGCAUCACCGCCUUGCUGGGGCCGAAGGAAAUAAUCCUGGUGAAGCCUGUCCAGCUGCAGGUCAAAUCCAAGUACGAAGACGACAUCUUGGUUUUAACCCCCUGGAGGGCAUAUGUGCUGCAGGUGAUGCUCCCGGUCAGGGUGUGGAGCAGCUUCAGCUUCCUGGAGGUGAGAGAGAUCGCGAUCCAGGAGCCCAGCCUGGUUGUCCUAGAUACAGAUACAGCCUCUUACACCUUCCGGCUUGUGUCGCUGGACGACUUGGAGCAGGUGGUCCGCCAUGUCACCAUGUCGCUUAAGAAGGUCUUUCCAGACUCUUCCCCUGGAAAACUGCUCAAAAACUAUCCCCCCAGUUUGUUCGAGAGAAUUCGAAGGAUAACAGACUCCCUGGAGGAAAUGCUGCAGAAUAACCAAGGACCAUGUGGUGGGUUUUCGGAGACAUAUGCUGCUUUAUGUGACUACAACGGCUUUACCUUCAGAGAGGAGAUCCAGUGGGAUGUGGACAAUAUCUACCACAGCCAAGACUGCCGAGAGUUCAACCUGUUGGACUUCGCUCACCUAGAGAGCAGAGACGUAGCCCUUAGCAUCACGGCGCUGUCGUUUAACCUGUGGUUCACGAAGCUGUACUGUAAGGACUUCAGGCUGAAUCUGGAGAUUUCCGAACAGCUUCUGUACAUGCUCAGCAAAUCGGUGAAACUGGAGGAGCUGGUGCUGGAAAACAGUGGGUUAAAAUGUGAAUUUGCCCAGAGGAUGGCCCAGGCGUUAAGAGGAAACCCGGACUCAGCUCUAAGCGCCAUCAGCCUGGCUGGCAACCAGCUGGAGGACAGAGGGAUAACUGCAUUCAGCCAGUACAUUGAGAAACGCACCAAGGGCCUGCGCAGCCUGAACUUCUCUAGGACUUCGCUGACUGCCAAAGGAGCGAGCACUUUAUGCCAGUCCCUUGCAUCUAAUGGAAUCUUCAGCGCCUCACUUCAGCACCUGGAUCUCUCGGGGAAUCCUGGCAUCCUUACCACGGACGAUGCCAGCAGCUUGCACAGCUUCCUCAGCCACGCGAACUCGGUGUCUCACCUCAACCUGGCCGGCACAGACUGUGCUUUGGAUGCACUGUUUGGUGCAUUGGCCCUUGGAUGCUGUGCCAACCUCGCCCACCUGGAUCUCUCCAAAAACGUGUACUCGCACAAAAAGCUGAGAGAUGUCCCUCCGGCCAUCAAACUGUUUUUCAGCAAGGCGGCUGCCCUCCGAUACGUCGGCCUGGCGUGUACCAAGCUGCCGCCAGAGGCCGUAAGGGCCUUGCUGCAGGGGUUGGCGUAUAACUCUCAGAUCAGUGACCUGCACCUGGACCUCAGUAGCUGCGAGUUGAGAUCGGCAGGUGCCCAGGUGAUCCAAGAUCUGAUUUUUGAUGCCAAUUCAAUUAGGAAUUUGGAUUUAUCAGACAAUGGCUUUGAUGCUGACAUGGUCACGUUGGUGCUGGCGAUUGGCCGAAGCAAAUCCAUUAGGCACGUCUCCUUAGGAAAGAAUUUUAACAUCAAAUCCAAGGACAAUCUGGCCGACGUUCUCCACCGGAUUGUUCAGCUCACGCAGGAAGACGACUGCCCUCUUCAGUCCCUGUCCGUGGCCGAAUCGCGACUGAAAUUGGGAACCAACGUCCUGCUGAAUGCGCUGGGCAGUAACACCAGCCUCAGCACGCUCGACAUCAGUGGGAACACCAUUGGCGACACUGGAGCCAAGAUGCUGGCCAAAGCCUUGCAGAUCAAUACACAACUCAGGACAGUAAUUUGGGACAGAAACAACACCACGGCCCAUGGAUUCCUUGAUGUUGCCCGUGCUUUGGAAAGGAAUUACACCCUGCGGUCCAUGCCUUUGCCAAUGAGCGACAUGACUCAGGCUUAUCGGAGCAAUCCGGAGAAGACGGAGGAGGCUGUCCACAAGAUACAGUCUUUCCUGGCGAGGAAUCAGAUGCGGCGGACCCUGCCUAAGCAAACCUUCCGGCUGCAGCAGGGAAUUGUCACCAGCUCCUCGGAACAGAUGGUGAAUGAGAUGUGCACCAGCCUACAGAAGCACGUUGACAUCCUGAGUGCCUGUCUGGGCCGAGAGGUGGAAGCCAGUGUCUUCUGUGCAGAAGAAGCAAUUCGGGAAGCAAACCUGUCCAUCGGCCUUUUGCCGCUCCUGUAUGAGACCGGGAACGCCCCGUACCAGAACUGCCAACUGCAGCACAAGCUGGAAUGUCUGACUGAAGCAGCCUUGCAGGCCUGCAGCCGGGAGAUCCAGGCUAUUAUGCAGGCCGUGCUGGAUACCACCCAGAAUCUGUGUCCUACAAUUCUGCAGAAGAGUGGCCUUCGGGACCGGCUGGUCCACAUGAUCUGUGAGCGAAUCAUCCUUCAGGACCACCUCAGCCUGAGCGCUGUCCUGGACCAGCUGGUCACUGAUGUGUUCAGCAAGCUAACCGAAAUCAGGCUGUCUGUCAUUGCGGCUGUGGCCGACGGGCUGAUCCACGAGGUGCUAGAAAACCUGACAAGUAUUCAGUGCAGGCUGGCAGAAGAUCUCCCCAAGCAACCUCCAGAUCUUCAUGUGCUACAGGCAGACAAUAUUGAGGAAGACUAUUUUCAGCUAAAGAGCAGGAAUCUGCUGGAUGUUGCUGAGAAAAGCUUUGCAGCUGAGGAGUAUAAGAUGGCUCUGAGGAGGAAGAACAAGCACUUCAGGAGCAUCCGGCCCAUGCCUGCCAUGAGAAGUCUGUCGGAGCUCGAUCUUCAGGCAGAGGCAGAAGAUAACAAGAUUGGAACUCACCAGGCUCUGCUGUCAGUCAGCUGUGCCUCUCUGAAGUCACGCCCUGCCUCCACAAAGGAUGCUGAGACUGGAAGCAGUUUGCUUCCUUUCCCAGAGCCUGCACCCAUACAGCCCCUCAUGGACCUGCCAACUGAGGGAGAGAAGCUGGAGCACUGCACCCGAGCUAGGCCCCGACCCCACCGCAGGAACAAGCGGCCUCCAAGCAAGCCGAGCGUCCAGCCAGCCCCGACUGAGAAUGACGAGGACAGAAGCAUUACUUGCGUGGAUGAAGGGCUAGAGGAGUUCUUUACCAAGAAGCUGAUCCAAGAGGAACCGCUCCCAGCCCCCCGGGGGAUCUCUCCUGGCUCAGCCCGCCUCGUGCCGUCUGGCACCCGGACCUUCAAAAAGAAAAUAGGAAACUUCUUUGCGUUCAAGAAGCCGAAGUCCAGCAGGGGCUGGAAGUGCGAGAAGGAGCCAGAGGGCAGCCCCUCGGCAGCCAAGGGCAGGAAGUCCACUCGCAGUGACAUUUCAAAGCCUCCCAGUAAGGCAGGGGAGCCUGGGAAGGCGCUGAGCAAAUCCGAAGAGGGUGGACUUGCCGUGGAGCCCAGGGCCAAUGCAGAGCCCAGCCAGACCCCCGAUGCCGCCCACAGGAUCAGGCCCAAGUACUCCCGAGAGGGCAAGUCACAGUCCCUCAUACUCCUGUCUGGUGAGGAUGAAGAGGUUCUAGGAGCGAAACAUGAAAAGAGGCAGCCCUUUGAGAAGAGUGACGGGGAGAUCCCCAACUCCUUUGAGCAGCGCGUCCAUGUUAUGCUGCACCGGAUCGGGGUCACCAAAGUCCUGUCCUCUGAGGGGAAGAAGAAGCAGAAUAAAGAAGGAGAGAUCAAAAAAGCUGGUUCAGAUGGAGACAUCAUGGACAGCUCGGCUGGCUCCCCUCCCCUCGCCUUGAAAUCUCGCGCACACUCCAUGUCCACAGACCCGUCUGCGCGAAGUGGCCCUGCUGACGCAGCGGGCCGAGCGGCGGCCGAGCCCAGCCGCGGGCCCAGCGACGUGCGGCUCUCCUGGAAGGCCCUGGGGAAGCAGCUGAAUGCCGAGCUCAAGGGCAAGUGUUCUGAACUCCAUUCUUCCCCCAGGCGCUCCUUUGUCAUUCAAGAGCAGAGCAGCCCCACGGAGCAGCAGGUCCGAGAGAGCUGGAGCAGCAGCUUGCCCAGGACUGGGAGGAGCACGCCUGCCCCUGCACCAAGGAGAACGAGCAACGCGGGCGCUAGCAGGGACAGCGUAGAGGCAGUCGCUGCCGACAAUCGCCUGAAACCCAAGCCUCGGCUGAAAAACGUGGCCACCAGGCGCGCCGUUUCCGUUCACGAAGAACAGCUGAGGGAGCAGGGCUGCACGGCUUCUCUGGAGAGUGUAAAAAUCCCCCUGCGCCUGCAGCGCUCGCCAGUCCUGAAACGGAAGCCUCAACCCAACUCCCUGGUGGAUGUGGCAGGGAGCAGCACACCCAGCCCCCCGGCAGCACUGAAGGAUUCUCUGCCACAGGACGAGCACAGGGCCACAGCUGAACAGCAGGGGGAGCGGCCGCAAGCCGUGGAACAACUGGUUGAAAAUGCACAGAACAGCCAUACACCAAAGAGCAGCGGCUCCAGACCUGCCAGCAGCCCCCCAGGGACAAUGAGUUAGUGGGGGCUGCCGCCCGCUGUCAUUUCCAAUAAACCACUGCGACCGAGUGCAAGCUGAAGGGUUAUAAUUUGCAAUAGCAGCUCAAGCACCUGUGCAGUGUAGGGCACCAUGGCCCAGGCAGCGGGGAGAUGGGGGAGGAGGCCCCCAGCCUGCUCCCCAUCCCUUCGUGCUCCCAGGUGUAGAUCAUCAGCGCUGCCUAUGGAAAUGGGGACAGACCAGAGCCUGGCCCCACUGGAGGGGCUGCUAACAAUUCCUGAACGAUCUACAAGAGGACCCCCUUUCCAGCUCCCACUACCCUCUGCUAGUCUCAUACCGCGCACAGCUGGCUUUACACAAGCUCCAGCUGCCUAAAACAGAGAUGCCAAAAGCCAGUAGCUGAGUUUGCCACCAGCCUAAGCUUUUCCUGGAGCAUCUGGCUCUGUGGAUGCAUGCACAGCUAUGGGCCAGUGGCUUGUGUGUGUUUGCCAUACAUGGGAACUUGCCUUGUAUUGUACAGCCCCAGAACAACAGGGCUGUGCAAUGCUGUGUUAGGUGGUUUUCAGGCAGGGUGUGAUACUCACAUCCAAACCUACUCAAUACAGAGCAAUCUGUCUCUUCUGGGGCCCAGAACGGGUCGUUCCCCUCCAACCAUUAGUCUGGGUGCAUGCCGUCAGUUUGAUUUAACCUGUCUGCACGAUCCUGCCAUUCUUACUCAAGCAGAUCCUCCACUUCCAGCAACAGGGGUUUGGGCUGAAGGCACAGCCCAUGUGCUCUGUACACGCUGGUUCUGCGUUCUGCUCCGCUCCACCAUGGCAGGCUGGAAAUUCUGUGGCACUGCUCAGUCAGUCGAAAAAACAAACCUGGAGGGUUUGAUUAAAAUGUGAACAUGACUAAUCCCAGAUGUGUAGCUCCCUGUGUUUCUCCUGCCGGUGCAUUUAUUUCAGGUGCCCCAUCAUUUCAGCGUAGUGCAGAACUGGGCACAGAAACUGAGCAACUGCUCUGAAGCAGCAGCAGGUUUAGGCAGCUGGACAGGUGUGGCGGGGGAGGGAGAGGGGGGUUGAUAAGCACAGGAACUCAGGGUCUGCAAAGAUGAGCUGCUGGGAAAUAGUUAAAUUGAAGCUGCUGCAAGGAAAGGAGCUCUUCAGACCUGUCCCGCUCUUGGUUCCGGCUGGCUGCGGGCUUGACAAGUCAGUCACAUCUGGGUCUCGGCUAAAGUUUUUGUCAUCAGCACAACGGCUAGAAUUUAUUUAAUUUAGAGUCUGGAUCAAAAUUCUGCAGCCAAAAAUACAAGUAAUUCUGUCCCCAGGCUCACAGCCUAAGGCAGUGGUCCCCAAACAUUUUACAUCAGCCCCCCCCCCGGGUCCAUGUUGUCCCCAGAGCCAUGGUCAGAGCUGGGGGUGGGGCUGGCAAUCAGGGUGCUGCCAGGGGCUGAGACCAGAGCUGCAGCUGGGGGUGGGGCAUUCACUCUCUGCAUCCCCCCGCCCACGUUCCUCCACACCUCUCCCCCCACCCCCCUCCCUGUUUGGGAACCACUAUCCUAAGGCAACAAGACUUCCCUUAGCCCUGCUAUUUCACAUACACAGCUGUUCCCAGUCCUCUGACAGACGGUACCUGCCUGUAGCUCAGCUAGGCCCACAGCCUCCGCCCGCACAAAGCAGAGCGAAGGACGCUGUAUUUGCGUUGUGAACAGAGGUCCCUUUGCUUCCCCCUCCAGCUGCGCAGCAUGCCCCUUGCUGCACCUGAUGUGCAUGAGGGGGAUGAGGAUAUUCUAUCAGAGCCAUGUAUUUAAAAACAGACAACUUUUUAUUUUUCAUUUCCAAAGCAUAAACCAUGUGAAAUAUUUUAUAACAAACGGAGCAGGAACCUAAUCAAACAAAGCAUUAAAAGACCAAACUACUGCAUUGACUCCAGAGUUGCAACUGGUAGAGGGGUGCACUGCUGCGGAUAAGGAACGCUACCACAGUGCUUUCCUAACCUCUGCUACAACAUGGGAACUCCUCUGGCUGGAGCCUAGGGCUGGGGCAUUAGCCCAGUUAAGGGAUGCUGCAGGUUGUAAGGAGAUGUAGCAAGCCCCUUGCUCAUAGGCAUCUCAAAAGCACACGCAGAGCACCUGCUCCUAUCCCCGCUCAUUGCAUUCCUUGACAAAUAACAGACCGGGUGGGUGUGCGGGACAGGCAGAGCGCUGAAGGGCAUUGCUUUCCAGCUGGGGUUUAACAUGCUGAAGAGGUGAUUGUAGGGAGGAGGGAGAGCAGAAUAUCCCACAGCAAGGUAUCCUGUCUACCUGACGUUCCCUACACCAGCCCUUCUCCGUGGAGCACAGGAAAAAAACCAGUUGCCCCUCCCAGCCAUAGCUAAGCCUGAAAUUCAGCAGUGUCACACCAUGCCAGUAAAGGGUCACGCAUGCUGCUUCCCUGCAGCAACCACAGCCCUUCGACUGCCCCCACUGUGGCAGGGGACUCCCAGCAUAUGGCACAGUAGCUAUUCCAAGAGUCUGGGCCGGAGUUGUGGGGACUUGGAGUGCCUUUUGGGUAACUUGAGUGCCAACGGACCUUCCUUUUGGCCCCAGAGAGCCUACUCUGUAGGGAUAUCGAGUCAUGCUCUUCCCUUCGGGAACAGGAGAACCUCUGAAUAGCACGUUGGAACUCCACCAGGGCCUCUGCUCAGGGCUGCUCAGCUUUGGUGAUCACCCAGCAGGCCCACCGCAGCAUCGCCUUCGAGAUCCUGUCAACCAAAACAUGAGCACGAGUGAGAAUGGGACGGCUGCUCUGCAACUGCCGUGCUUACCUACCGCAGGGCUCGGCUGCCAUCCAGAACAAUGCUGUACUCUGCCGAGGGAGCCCCUGAGCGAGACCCCAGAGCAGCUGUGCCCAAGCUGUGCUCCACACAGCAGUGACUGGUAAUCCCCAAAGAGGCUGGUCACAUGGUGCCGCUGCUUCUCUUCAGCUGCUUUGACAAGGGUCCAAGCACUCAUUGCCAAGGACUGUAAGAGCAGCUCAAAGCAGGAGUCAACCUGGCUGCCUUUAUUAGAGCUGGCCAAGAGCUGGGACUGCCAGCUGCCAAUGAGAGGAGAAAGGAACAAGGUACUGACAGUAUGUCCAGGGUGGAAGGGAACCAGUGGGCAGGGGAACACUGCAGGUGGGAGGAAUUAAGCUGUGUAACGAAGAGACAAAUCAAGUGUGAUUAGUGUUCUCAGAGAGGGAACAUGGGUUAGCGCUCCAGUUCUAUGCCCCACAGGCGAGAACUGCCAUACUUACCACCCACAUGUUUGAUAACCGCAACUGGGAGGGGAGAGGGCCAUGAGUCAAUCUCUGUAUUACAGUGUGAACCACACUGGCUUGGUUUGAGAGCCCACCGCCUAGUGAAGCAGUGGGGACCCAGCUCACAGCAGUGUCAGUCACUGCAUGGCCAGAGACCCACAGGUUGGGUUUGUAGGGGCUAUGCAAGUGCAGCUCCCCGACAGCAGCAUGGCACUGCGGCCCAAGCUGUUGUCAGAGGGAGCUGGUGGAUGGGAGUGAAAUCUAAGGGGGACCGGCGCAGCUCUCUCCUCAGCUGUACCGGCAAUAGGGUCUCUGGAGCCGUGCCAGCUGCUUUGGACAGGAUGCAGAGCAGCUUAUGAGGUGCAAAGGGAAUUUGAGAAGCCCACUUAGCUGGGGUGUGUCCCGUCUGGGAGAUCCACGCACCGCACUGACCUGGUGAAGUUCACUCGGGCACAGAGAUCUGGCGUUGGUGCCUUGUAGGUGUAUUGAAACGGGGUUGUUUUCACAUACUUCUGGAGGGAAGGAAGACAAUUUGGUUCAAUCUAUGUUAAACA